UUUUAACCCAAAAAAAAUACGACAUAGAAUAAACCCUGCGAACUUCCCCCUCGCCCUCCCCCUUUCCCAAACUUCCGAGUUCCCUGCCCGCCAGACGCCCCAUCGGUGCAGCCCAGCGCCGCCACUUCUUCCCUUUGACGCCGACGUCUCCGCACCGCCAGCAAUGAAUUUGGUUCCAUUCCAAUCCACUGUACCACCACCGCCAUGGUUUCCGAUGUUACCUCCCAACCUACCAAUGUCCUGUGCCUUUUGGGAGACUAAAAAUGUGGAGGACCGGGUUAAACAGCUGCAAGAUACUCUUGAUCUUGCAAAAGCAAUGGAGAAAGAGCUAGAGAUGUUGGCAAUGAUCAAAGACGGUAAUGGGAGUGAGACAAGUGAGGAUUAUGGGUCAAGUGGCAUUUCUGUUCAUAGGUUCAAAAAAAUAUUAGAAGAUAAGGGGGUUAGUUUGGAAUCCCAAGAGUCACUUUCUGUGGAAGCUGCAAAUGCAUUGAUGUCAAAAUUAAGAGCUCAGCUUGAACCAUUCAAGGUGAUCAUAGAUGAAAGGACUCCAUGGGAGGAAAAGUCAGCAGCAGUUAGAUUGUCCGACAAAAUACGGAAAUACAAACGAAAUAAACUUUGGAGGAAAAGGAAGAGGAAGCGCAUUGCGGAAAUGUUGACGAAGGAGCGUGAACGAUUUGAACAAGCUGAUCAAGAAGCUGAUGAAUGGAGGGCUAGGGAGAUUGCCAAGGAUAUUGCAAAGGGCAAGGUAGAGAAGAUGAAGGAAGUUGCAAAACUUAAAACAAAAGAGGAGAGAAAGAGACUAGAAUCUGAGCUUGAACAGAUAUUGAUUGUGGAGAAGUUGCAAGAGUUACGCUCCAUGAGGAUCCAAAAAUUGAAGAAACAAGGUCAUUUUUUCCCCGAGGAAGAUGACAAGUUUCUCGAGAGAGUUCGAGCUGCCGUUGAAGAAGAGGAACGCCAAGCAGUUGCUGCAGCUGACACAGAUGCUGCCAAGGGUGCCAUUGCAACUGCUGAAGAAUCUAGGAAAACCCUCCAGGGUCAUGGGUGCGACAAUACAAGCAGUGAGAAAGGCAGUAAGGACAGCAUAGACUUAGUAAUUGAGACUGAACAUGAUAAAAGCACUAUUGUCACUGUCAAUGAAUCUGGAUCACAAAAAUUGGAGGGACGAGGAGUUGGUGGAGCUUAUGAUUUGGUGGCAAAUCUGCCAUUGGAGUUCUAUCAUUAUUAUCAUGGCAGCAACGCCGACAUGGGCACCCUUAUUGAGGUGAGGAGAACAUGGGAUGCAUAUAUAAGACCUGGAGGAAGCCGUAUUCCAGGGCAUUGGGUUCAACCUCCUCCGCCAGCAGAUGAGAUAUGGGCAUCCUACCUGGUGAGGCCUAAAUGACACGAUUACUACAGAGUUUGUGGCCGUUUUUGCUCAAAGUAUGGUACGCGGCUCCAAUUGAUCAUUUGUAAACUCGAACUUGUUUUCUCUGACAUGCAUCUAAUUAAUGCACAGAUAGUAUUGAGCUAUUCUUCAAUUUUUAUGUUUUCAAAUGUAAGGUUUCUUCCAUACUCUGACUCCGGUUGCCCAGCAUUGUCAUAGCAUUAAAUCAGAAAGAAUGACAAAACACUGUGCAAGCCUUAGCAUGUUAGAGUCAGAAUGGAUUUAACUCUGAACUCUGAAGCGAAUUGGGAAACAAGGUGAUGCUCAAGACAUUCACGAAAAGCAUCUACGGAGGUUUUCAUGUGGGAUCAAGGAUCAAAUCAAUAAGCAAGCUUUUGUUGAAGGUUCCUGCAAAAUAUCCAUGGAAUGCCGGAAAAAGAUAUCCCGAGUAUGUUUGAGCAAGAACUUGAGGGGUACGUUAAUCAAAGAUUCAACUCUAUAAACUGUUAAUGGUUUUGCCAUUACCGAAUGGUUUUGUUCAGUAAAUGAAAAAAAUAUUCUCUUGUAAGAUAGGUAUAGAGAUCAUCUUGUUGAAAUCUCAAUCUCUUGUGUUUGCAUGCC